CAAUAUUUGAAAGUUGUCUUGUUUUUAUUAUCAUAAUUUUAUUGUUUGUUCCAUGAUUAGGAUAAAAAAUAUUUAUUUAUUAUUCCAAAUUAAGGUACUGUACCUGAGUGAUAAGCACUUUUCGGAAAACGUUGAACUACUGUAAACUCUACAAAGUGUAAACAUUUAUUCACGUCGAAUUAAAAAAAAAAGUCACUCUUUAGUCUUUAUUUUCAAAAAAUCUACUCUAACCUCUUUGAUCUUUUUUUUUUUUUUCUGUUUGAACCGACGACCGGAAGGGAACCGCUUUCGCAUUACUUCCUCCCAACCUCUUUGAUCUACUAAAUACACUAAAAACUCUUUCACUAUGAAUAAAGCACAUCCUCCAGAGUUAAAAAGUUACCUGGACAAGAAAUUACAACUGAAAUUAAGUGCCAAUAGACAGGUAGCAGGCGUGCUGCGUGGUUAUGAUCCAUUUAUGAAUCUUGUAUUAGAUGAAGCUGUAGAAAAAAUCAAGGAUGGUGUUGUGAAUAAUAUUGGAAUGGUGGUUAUUAGAGGAGGUAGUGUUUUAACUAUGGAAGCAUUGGAUCGGAUUGAUUAACAUUAAACAUAUGUAUUCUGUUAAUAAAUAGGAAGUAUGUUUAUAUAAUUUUAUUAUUCUUAUGUAAUAAAUUGAAAUAAAUAUAAGAGUUCAUUA